UCCGCGUUUACAGUAAAACACCACACUUCCUGUUUCGGAUUAAAGAAAAUAUCGCAAUUAAUGGUAUAUUCAAUCUGAUAUGACGAAUGAAUUGCAGUGACUUACCAUACCGUUUAUGAGAGAGAACACACGGCCUGACCAUGUCUGUGUCCCUGCUGUGGGCAGUGGAUGUGUACGGGCGCGUUUACAGCCUGUCCACCGGAGGGCAGCAGUGGGAGCAGUGUCAUGAUGCCGUGUUAGAGUUUAAGAGGGUGACAGCAGUACAGCAGUGUUGCUGGGGUAUCGCCUGUGACCACCACAUCUACCUGAAUGUCCACUCUAGUGAUGUACCCAUACGCUACCAGGAGGAGACAUACGAGAACCAGCGAUGGAAUCCCAAGGAUAACUUCUCGGAUCACUUGUUGCCGAGCGACCGCUGGCAUUGGAGUGACAUCACAGGGCUGGAACACCAACCCCUGGACAGUUUCCUUCUUCCCUCCACCAACUGGGAGUGGGAGGGGGACUGGUACAUCGACGAGAACUUUGGAGGAGAACCCACAGAGAAAGGAGGUUGGACCUAUGCCUUGGACUUCCCUGCCACCUACAUCAAAGACAAGAAGUGGAACUCGUGUGUCCGUCGCCGGCGAUGGAUCCGGUACAGGAGGUACAAGGCCACAAACACCUGGGCCAAGAUCCCAUCUGAGGGUCACAGUGGUCCCCUGCCAGACCCCUUUAAUGACAUCAGCUGUGGGGGCUGGGAGAUCAGUGAGGAGCCCAGGGGGAGGCUGUCUCUGUGGGCUGUCUCUCUACAGGGCAAGGUGUGGUUUCGUGAGGGUAUCCACCACCACAGUCCAGAGGGGGAAGGCUGGGAGGAGGUGUCUCUGCCUGGGGAGGUAGUGCAGAUCAGCUGUGGUCCCGGGGACCUGGUUUGGGCUGUGCUCUGGGAAGGACAACUCAUCGUCAGGGAGGGCAUCACCAGAGACUGCCCACAAGGCUCGUCCUGGGUGGUGGUGGACUCUCCCAACCCAGAGGCCGGGGCCAUCCACGUAGCUGUGGGGGACAACGUAGUCUGGGCCGUCACCAAGGACAACAAAGUAUGGUUCAGGCGUGGCAUCAACUCCCAUAACCCAUGUGGUUCAGGCUGGAUCGGGAUGGUCGGGGAGAUGGUCAUGGUCAACGUGGGCCUCAACGACCAGGUGUGGGGUAUCAGCUGUGUGGACCGGGCAGUGUAUUUCCGUCAGGGUGUGACCUCCAGUGAGUUGAGUGGUAAAGCCUGGAAGGCUGUCAACGUGCCCCGAGACGGAGACAUCAGGUCCCACUCCUCUGCCAGCAUUAGCAGUCUGCACAGUGCUGGUUGUUUCUUCAGUGGUGAGGUACAAGCCCAGUCUGUGAUGAGUGAAGACUUGGACACAGAGGGCGGUCCACAGAGGGCGGUCCUAGAAGUAGGGGCAUGCCCCUCCUCUCCUCCCCCCAAGCCCCCUCCCAUCGACCCCGACGUCCCCAAACCACGCAUCCCUAAGGUCACCAGCGACAGCUUCAUCUCUGAGAUGCUCUCCGACCGUGAGGUCAAACAGGAGGGGGCCACCGCUGCCACCACUGCCAGUCCCUCUAUCCCAGAAGAGGAAGUCGCUCUUGGGGAACCAGAGGCCAAGUGUCCCCCUCCGGCUCUGGUUCUCUCCCCCAGCCUGUCUGGAGGGCUUGGGGACCCCCAGUGGAGUAACGUGGACCUGGAAGAGACCCAGACUCACCUGGCUGUGGGGCCUGCCGUGGUGAGAGGGGACUCGGCUGACACCUGUAGUCUGUCCUCGGUGGCCACCUACACCCUGUGUCAGGGGGAGUCGUAUGGGGCAGAUGAACACCCGCUCUGGGCAUGGGUCAGUGGAGGAGGCUGUGGUGUGAACUGUCACUCCCAGCUCAACUGGUUCAACUCUGCCACAGCCCUGGCAUCAUCAGUCCAGUCCAUGAGUCUGUCCAUCAGUCCAGCCCAGACAGCUGCCUGGCGGAAACAGAUCUUUGAGCAGCUCAGCGAACGCUCUAAGAGAGAGAUGGACCACUUUAAACACUACGAACAGGCCGUAGAACAGUCUGUGUGGGUGAAGAAAGGGACCAUGCAGUGGUGGAGGGACUGGAAGCCCCAUAAGUGGGUGGACGUGAGGUUUGCCCUGGAGCAGUUCUCAGGACCAGAGGGAAACCAGGACGGCAUCCUCUUCCUCUACUACAACUUCAACGAGGAGAAGAAGUACCUGCAUGCAUUCAUCAACGAGGUGACUAUCUUGGUGCCGGUGCUGAAUGACUCCAAACACACGUUUGCCAUCUACACAGCAGAGAGGACCAAACAGAGGUGGCCUAUCAGACUGGCUGCUGCCACUGAGGUGGAGAUGCACGACUGGCUGGCCCUGCUGAGUGUGUCGUGCUGUGACUCCCGGGGGAUCCAGGGUCCCCCCUCUAAACAAGCCAUCUGGUCAGUCACCUGUAAAGGAGACAUCUUCGUCUGUGAGCCUUCGCCUAGCCUGGAAGCCUGUCCCUACCCCACACCCUGCGACCAGAUGUUCUGGCGUCCGGUGGGGGGCCACCUACGUCUGGUGGAGUGUAAUAGUCUGGGGGUGGUUUGGGGGGUAGGCUACGACCACACUGCCUGGGUCUACACCGGCUAUGGAGGGGGAUUCUUCCAGGGUCUGGCCAGCAGCACAGAUAACAUCUUCACCCAGACAGAUGUGAAGUGUGUCUACAUCUAUGAGAACCAGAGGUGGAACCCAGUAACAGGAUAUACCAACAGAGGCCUCCCAACAGACCGUUACAUGUGGAGUGAUGCAACAGGACUGCAGGAGUGUACCAAGGCCAACGCCAAACCUCCAUCCCCUCACUGGACAUGGGUAGCAGACUGGACCAUUGACUAUGGGAUCUCCGGGGGGACAGACCGAGAGGGUUGGCAAUACGCAGCUGAUUUCCCAAGGUCGUAUCAUGGCCACAAGACCUUGAAGGACUUUGUUCGUCGUAGACGAUGGGCCAGGAAGUGCAAACUGACGACCACAGGGCCGUGGCAGGAAGUCCCACCCAUCCCGUUGAGUGACGUGACCAUCGUCCUGUGUGGAGCUCAGAGCAGUGUUGAGCCGAUCCCUCUGUGGGCCAUCAGUAACAAGGGAGACGUGCUCUGUAGACUGGGGGUCACCCUACUGACUCCUGCUGGGACGUCGUGGCUUCACGUGGGCACAGACCAGCCCUUUAAGUCUAUCUCCAUCGGUGGGGCCAACCAGGUGUGGGCCAUUGCCAGGGAUGGAUCUGCCUUCUACAGGGGCUCUGUGUCCUCAGAGAGCCCUGCAGGAGAUUGCUGGUACCACAUCCCCUGUCCUGAAAGACAGAAGCUCCAACAGGUGUCUGUAGGGAGAACGUCGGUCUACACUGUGGAUCAAAAUGGUAACCUGUGGUUCAGACAGGGCCUGACUCCCAGCUACCCCCAGGGAUCGUCAUGGGAACACAUCUGCAACAAUGUACGCAAGGUCUCCGUAGGACCUCUAGACCAGGUGUGGAUCAUAGCUGACAAGGUGCAAGGCAGCCACAGUCUGAGCUGUGGGACAGUCUGCCACCGUUUGGGGGUUCAGCCCAUGGAGCCAAAGGGACAGUCGUGGGACUACGGCAUUGGGGGUGGCUGGGACCACAUCACUGUGAGAGGGAACUCCAUUGAGGCUCCUCGUGUCCGUAUGCCCUCCCUGACACCCUCCCUCACCUCCUCCCUAACGGACCCCCUCCGCCCCCCUCCACCCCGCAGCCUGCUCCCUGUCAUGAUCACAGAGAUGGAGAAUGGGAACGCUGUCCGAUGUUAAACACACACACCUACAGUACUUGCUAGUGGACACUAUCUCUGUUCUGUCUUCAGCCCAACUCUCUCUUCAGAUACGCCACAAUGCAACUACCCCACCAUCCUCAGCUCUUCUGACCUAUCACCUGGCUGUGUUAAAAGACCUUUGAACCCUAUCUCUGCGCCCUCAACUUGACUCAACCAAUCACCUUUUCUCUUUACAGCUAGCAGAUCAUGUUCAGUAUUUCCCACAUAGAGCACUAAUGUCAUUUUUAAACCGUGUCACUGAGUCUUUGAACAUUGCGCUAUUGUAAUUUAAAGGUUAACUCAGCUGAAAGACGUUGCCACGAGCAGCACCGCAAAUAUUCAGAUAAGCGAGAUGCAAGUCACACACAGUAUCUGCACAUGUACACAGGAUCAUUUCACGCUGUUGGAGCGGUAGGUACGGAUCGCUUCACGCUGUUGGAGCGGUAGGUACGGAUCGCUUCACGCUGUUGGAGCCGUAGGUACGGAUCGCUUCACGCUGUUGGAGCGGUAGGUACGGAUCGCUUCACGCUGUUGGAGCGGUAGGUACGGAUCGCUUCACGCUGUUGGAGCGGUAGGUACGGAUCGCUUCACGCUGUUGGAGCCGUAGGUACGGAUCGCUUCACGCUGUUGGAGCCGUAGGUACGGAUCGCUUCACGCUGUUGGAGCGGUAGGUACGGAUCGCUUCACGCUGUUGGAGCGGUAGGUACGGAUCGCUUCACGCUGUUGGAGCCGUAGGUACGGAUCGCUUCACGUUGUUGGAGCGGUAGGUACGGAUCGCUUCACGCUGUUGGAGCGGUAGGUACGGAUCGCUUCACGCUGUUGGAGCCGUAGGUACGGAUCGCUUCACGCUGUUGGAGCGGUAGGUACGGAUCGCUUCACGCUGUUGGAGCCGUAGGUACGGAUCGCUUCACACUGUUGGAGCGGUAGGUACGGAUCGCUUCACGCUGUUGGAGCCGUAGGUACGGAUCGCUUCACACUGUUGGAGCCGUAGGUACGGAUCGCUUCACGUUGGUAAAGAGUGGUAGGUACGCAUCGCUUCACGUUGGUAGAGAGUGGUAGGUAGGGAUCGCUUCACGCUGUUGGAGCGGUAGGUACGGAUCGCUUCACGUUGGUAGAGAGUGGUAGGUACGCAUCGCUUCACGUUGGUAGAGAGUGGUAGGUACGCAUCGCUUCACGUUGGUAGAGAGUGGUAGGUACGGUUCGCUUCACGUUGGUAGAGAGUGGUAGGUACGGUUCGCUUCACGUUGGUAGAGAGUGGUAGGUACGCAUCGCUUCACGUUGGUAGAGAGUGGUAGGUACGGUUCGCUUCACGUUGGUAGAGAGUGGUAGGUAUGGGACCAAAACAAAGGAAAUUGACCCACUAUACUGUUUACUUUCUCCAUCUACUUCAUAUAUGAGUCUAUGUUUAAAUCUGUGCUCUUAAGAUAACUUUGUUUUACUUAUGGUUUUUGUUUGUUUGAAUAUUUUUUAUGUGUGUGUUUGGUGUGUACGGUAUUAUGUGAGUAGAUUUUUUUUAUUUUUAUGUUAUGUUGGUAAUUGAUUGAUCUUUUUAAAAUAAUGUGUUUUGGGGAUAUAUUCAAUGUGACUGGGGCGACGUUAAGAUGGGUAAGAAAGCAUCACUGUCGGCCCAAUUACUUGUGACUUAUUAUAAAAAGUCUGUAUCAGGAAGUUACAGUACUUACUACUUUGUACCUGCUGGCAACAGGUCGAGAUUCUACUGGAGUCGCACCAAAAACAAGAAGGAUUUAUUUAACGAGAACUUUUGUUAUUAACGUUUGAUAACACAUGAUGCUUUUACAGUUCUAGGCCUUCCCCCUGAAUGGUUUGUAUCUGUGAUGGCCACAGUAAAGUGUUUGUAGGCCCAUGUAUUUUUGACAGCACUCGAAAAGAAAGUAUAUAUUCUUCUUUUCAUGAAAAAUGUGCAAUGUGUAGUUCUACACUGGACCAAAGUGUGAAUUGCUUGGAAAGUGAUGUCUUUGAGGAGCUUUAAAGUUUAUCUGUUUAUUUCUCAGGAAAAUAAGAGUUCUCCUAAAUGCUAUUAUUGGCAUGUUUUUGACCUUCUACGAUUGUAGCAGUAAUGACUGACAGGCAACACACGUGAAAGGUUAGGUGGAAAGAACAAAUAAAUAUUUUUGUUAUAAAUCUGUAUAUGAGUUCAGUAUAAAUGUUUUAAUGGGGAUAUUUCAAGGUUGGUUAUUGUACGUUGGUAUAUAAAAAGGUAAAAUAUUAGUCCUAUGAACUAUUAUCCAUAAACCACAAAAGCUGAAACUAGCACAUUUGGGCAUUAAUUGAUCUUACUUCUCUACAUGGAAACCAUAAGCCAAUAGCUAUCACUGAUAUACUGGAACUACAAAUAAUUGAUUGUACAGAAAACUGUCUGUGAAAACUCUCACUUUAUCUUCCUAUGGCAGUUCCUAAUACAAAUGCGUUUUUUGAUAAUGUUUCACUUACUACUGUUUAGAGCGGUACAUGCUUGUCAUGCUGUGGUGUACCCCUUCACCUUCCAAGCUUUAAGUGUUAGGUCUAGAGGAGGACUUGUCCGUUUAAAAAAAUGAUUCCAUUGUUUUUAUUGAUUAUAAUGUCAAUUAAAAUACUAUAAUCAGGUACUAUUCUAAUCCCAACAAGGCUGUUAUUGAUGAGUAUAUUUCUUCCUUCCAAUAGUGUGCAUGGUCAAUGUCCUCUCAAUAAAUGUGAUUAUUGACAA